AUGGCCAUCAUUGUUGGAGACUCCAAUGGUCUCACGAGGUUUAGCUCCCUGGAGUACCAGGCCAUCAUGUUCGUCCUUGCAAUUCUGAUGAGCGUGAGCUGGGCGUUAGUGGAGAUUGUCAUGAAGCGUUUUGCGCUGCUUCCGGUGCUCUUUCCCGGAGUGUUUGCAAUCCGUGAGAAGCGGCUAUACUUCUUCGACAUCGAAGUCAACGAAGUGUCCGAUGGCAAAGCUCUUAGGUGGGAAGCCAUGAUGAUCACACGGCUCACGGUGAUUGUAGUCCUCUCCUACCUGUGGGAGUCUUGCGUGUUUCAGACGACGACGCACGUCGGCAAGGACUUUCCCCUGGAGGAGUGCAGCCGCGGCAUGGAUUGCUUUGCAUCAGAGCUGCGGAUACAGACCUUCAUCAGCCGGAAUCAUCUGCCGGUGAACUGUAGCACCCCAGGGGCGAAUGCCGGCGACCCUUUCUUUGACAAGCAGGUAGUCGUCUCCUGCGUGAUGUUUGUCACGCCAUCCCUGACGCAGUGGCUGAUGCACCUGGCGAUCGCGCACUCUCAGAUUCAGAUGACGCUGAAAGCUUUUGGUGUCCUCGUUUGGUCCUGCGGGCAGUACUCCUGGUUCUCGUGGGUGAUCCUUGCGACCAGCGUUGUUAGCUUCAUCAUCGUUUGCGGCCUCACCUUUGGCGGAGUGAUGACGAACUUCAACUCCUCCUGGUCCGGCUUCGUCAUCAGCUUUUCCUUCCCGGUCUUUUUCUGGAUUGCCGGGCCCUUGGGAUACAGAGGUUUGAGGUUUCGGGCUCAUUGCGAGGACCACUCGGGGCUCUAA